GGUGCCAUCUAACUCCGAAACCAAAGAUGGCUGUCGUUUGUACUAUUUGUGUUACACACAAAGAAAUUAAUAGUAUUAGUAGUUAGAUUAGUGUCUCUAUAUAUUUCUGUGGUUACACAGCGUGUACUCUGUUCGUUUAAUAAGCUCGGCCGAUGCUUAUAAACAGCAAACAGCUCUGUGUGGUGAACAGCGUAUGAAGUUCAAGUGUAAGACUUGUAUUUGAAGUCGAGCGACAGACGGGAGAACCUGCGCGGGGGAAAAAACUGCUUAGCUUCCCAACUGUGUGAUGGAGUCUUCCAACUUAGAUGUACCGCCUGCAGGAGGAGAGAAGCCAUACGCGUGUGAUACGUGUGGACACAGAUUCGCACUAGAGAAGCAUCUGCAGACCCAUGCGCUCAUUCACUCAGGAGAGAAAUCUUAUGCGUGUGAUGUUUGUUCACAUGCCAGCACUACCUCUGCUAAUCUCAAGAGUCACAUGCGCACACAUGGAGAGAAACCUCAUGUGUGUGAUAUUUGUUUAUAUUCAUGUUCUAAAUUAAGUUGUAUGAAUGUUCACUUUCGAAGUCACUCAGCUGAAAAGCCCUAUGCAUGUGACAAAUGCGAGUACAAAUGUACGUCAUCCUCUGCUCUCCAGGCACACAAGCUAACUCACACAGGAGAGAAACCCUACAAGUGUGACACAUGUGACUACAGGUGCACUCAACUAUCCAAUCUUAAGACACACAAGCGAACUCACACAGGUGAAAAGCCUUAUGCAUGUGACAAAUGCGAGUACAAAUGUGCGUCAUCCAAUAAUCUAAAGAGUCACAAUCGCACUCACACAGGAGAGAAACUAUACACGUGUAAUAUGUGUGACUAUAGCUGCUCUCGAAUGGCUUCACUCGAGCAACACAAGCACAUUCAUACAGGAGAGACACCCUAUGCAUGUGAUACAUGUGACUACAGGUGCGCUCAACUAUCCAGUGUGAAGACACACAUGCGCUCUCACACGGGAGAAAAACCCUAUGCAUGUGACACAUGUGACUACAGGUGCUCCCAACUAUGCAAUCUUAAGCAACACAAGCGAACUCAUACAGGAGAGAAGCCUUAUGCGUGUGAUACGUGUGACUAUAGCUGCUCUCGAAUGGCUGGCCUGAAGAGACACAAACGCAUCCAUACAGGAGAGAAACCCUACGUGUGUGAUAUUUGUUCAUGUUCAUAUUCUGACUUGAGUCGUCUGAAGGUGCACUUUCGAACUCACUCAGGAGAAAAGCCCUAUGCAUGUGACAAAUGCGAGUACAAAGGUAUAUCCUCCUCUGCUAUCCAGGCACACAAGCGAACCCACACAGGAGAGAAACCCUACAAGUGUGACACAUGUGACUACAGGUGCACUGAACUAUCCAAUCUUAAGACACACAAGCGCACUCACACAGGAGAGAAACCCUACGUGUGUGAUAUUUGUUCAUAUUCAUAUUCUCGCUUGAGUAGUCUGAAGGUGCAUUUUCGAACACACUCAGGUGAAAAGCCCUAUGCAUGUGACAAAUGCGAGUACAAAUGUACGUCAUCCAGAUCUCUUAAGCAACACAAGGGCAUUCAUACAGGAGAGAAACCACACGUAUAUGUGUGUGAUAUUUGUUCAUAUUCAUGUUCUAACUUAGGUUACAUGAAGGUGCACAUUCGAAUUCACACAGGCGAAAAGCCUCAUGCAUGUGAAACCCUACAAGUGUGACACAUGUGACUACAGGUGCACUGAACUAUCCAAUCUUAAGCGAACUCACACAGGAGAGAAACCAUACGCGUGUGAUAUGUGUGACUACAGGUGCAAUCAACCAGCAAAUCUCAAGACACACAAGUUAACUCACAUGAGAGGAAAGCCCUAGACACGUGAUAACACACUGCCAAUGACAUAGCUACUGCUUGCACGUGAUAUGUGUGGAUACAUUUGCUCUCCAGGAUCGCUGCUAUUCUCAUAUGUUGUUGUAACCCCCCCCCCCCUCAUCUUUCAUUUUCUCAUUGCUGAUCAGUUCUCAGAAGUGCUUAGUGCGCUAUAGAUGUAUAGAUAUAGCUGCCAGUUUUGUUUUUAACUUGCUGUGCUUUAGUGAAGUCCAGCGCCUUUAUAUAUUGCAUAGUUGACAAAGGAAUGCCGACUAGAGUAUGGCUUGUAAGUUCGUACUGUGUAAGCUUAGUCUAAAAAGGGAAGUGUCAAAAAUCUGUGCGCGUGUGUGUGUGUGUGGGGGGGGGGGUAUAAAU